GCGUCGGCUUUGAAUUAUUUUGCUACGGAUUCAACGUUCUUACGGAUGCAUGGCAUAUUUUUUAUAUGUUUUACGUUAUGCAUAGCGUGAACAACCAUCUAUACAAGCGCCCGAGUAGACGAAACGGGUUCAGCAAACGAAGCACGCGAGAUGCCAUGGACAGGAUCAAUAACAUGCGCUAAUAGCUAUUCGCCAGCCGUAGCUAUAAAACAGGUUUUAAUAAAAUUCAUGGCUUUUUUGUACAUUGAUUUUAUAAAUGAAAAACUUUGCCAGCUAUAAUGGCAGUAAGUGCGUCGGAUCCGCUGAUCAACCCUUGUGUUUACCAUGAGGCGUUUAAAGUGGAGCUACAGGUGAAGCGCCCACUCAUGCCGAUCCAGUUGAGCCCGGAGCAGGUGGGGCUGGAGAUGCUGUGUCUCUGCGGACAGCUAGACCUCCUCAUCAGAGCGCAGACUCAGCAGUUUCAGGACCAGUUGGUGGCUGGCUGUAGUCCAGAAGAAUCAGACACUUUUCAGAGUCAAGGAUCAGAGAUUCUUGAUCAGAUGCUUCAGUGCCUUGAACAUCUACCAAAGCCUAUGCCACAGCUUGAGGAUUACUUGGAUAUGAUUGGCCUGUCAGCAAUGUUUCCACGUGUAGAGGUUUUCUUGAUUCAAGGCAGCCCUGUUGAGAUGCUGGAGAGGCCACUCAUGGAUGAUUAUUUUUCUCAUAUUGCCAAAUUGAAUCAACUGUUAGUGCUAAGUCAGCAGCUUGAAGAGGACAUCAACCACCUUGGCAGUCAUAAAUACAUUGCUCACCAGCUCUCAGUUAUAUAUCAAGUAAUCAGUUCUUUUAGAGGAAUCAAAGUGUUUUCUGAGAUAAAGAAGGAGAUUGAAGCCAAUUUCAAACAGCUAAAGCAGUCACUGGUAGCAGAGGAAGGUUCUAGGCACGAACCUCAGCUGUCUGCUCAAUACGUUUCUUGGAUACUAGAAAUGACUCAGAACAUAACAUCAGUGGUGUUGUCGCUGCCAGAAGAGCUGACUGAGGACCUUCAUCCAGCUCUCACUUUCAUGGCCCAGUUCUUGUCCUGACCCCUGAAGUGUUAGUCAUGAACAAUAAUAUAAACCCAUAAAAGGUGCUACACAUUUUCAUCAAAUGUACAAGGAUUACAUGUGUUUUGUUUGUC